CUGCGGGGAGGAUGCGUGUGCGCGCGGGGCGGGAGCGCCGGCCGGCCGCCUGCUUCGGAGCUGGGUGUGCGCUGCGCGCCGGAGGCAUUGUUUGUGACAAUUACAUACUGCUGUAUGUUCUAUUGGGGAAACUGAAGGUCUUUGAUUCAGAAGAAACAAGAAGAAGACUCCGUGACUCACGUGCUUCAGCGCUGCUGUGGAUGGCCCCAGCUCUCCUGCCUGCCCUUCCAAGUAGGAUGUCCCUGAGAUCCCUCAAAUGGAGUCUCCUGCUGCUGUCACUCCUGAGUUUCCUCGUGAUGUGGUACCUCAGCCUUCCCCACUACAAUGUGAUCGAACGUGUAAAUUGGAUGUACUUCUACGAGUAUGAGCCAAUUUAUAGACAAGACUUCCGCUUCACACUUCGAGAGCAUUCAAACUGCUCUCAUCAAAACCCAUUUCUGGUCAUCCUGGUGACCUCCCACCCCUCAGAUGUGAAAGCUAGACAGGCCAUUAGAGUUACUUGGGGUGAAAAAAAGUCUUGGUGGGGAUAUGAGGUUCUUACAUUUUUCUUACUAGGCCAGCAGGCUGAAAGGGAAGACAAAAUGUUAGCAUUGUCUUUAGAAGAUGAACACCUUCUUUGUGGCGAUAUAAUCCGACAAGAUUUUUUAGACACAUACAAUAACCUGACCUUGAAAACCAUUAUGGCAUUCAGGUGGGUAACUGAGUUUUGCCCCAAUGCCAAGUAUAUCAUGAAGACAGACACUGAUGUUUUCGUCAAUACUGGGAAUUUAGUGAAAUAUCUUUUAAACCUAAACCAGUCAGAGAAGUUUUUCACAGGUUAUCCUCUAAUUGAUAAUUAUUCCUAUAGAGGAUUUUACCAAAAAACCCAUAUUUCAUAACAGGAGUAUCCUUUCAAGGUGUUCCCUCCCUACUGCAGUUGUUUGGGUUAUAUAGUGUCCAGAGAUUUGGUGCCAAGGAUCUAUGAAAUGAUGGGUCAUGUAAAACCCAUCAAGUUUGAAGAUGUUUAUGUCGGGAUCUGUUUGAAUUUAUUAAAAGUGGACAUUCAUAUUCCAGAAGACACAAACCUUUUCUUUUUAUAUAGAAUCCAUUUGGAUGUCUGUCAGCUGAGACGUGUGAUUGCAGCCCAUGGCUUUUCUUCUAAGGAGAUAAUCACUUUUUGGCAGGUUAUGCUAAGGAACACCACAUGCCAUUAUUAAUAUCACAGCUACCAAAAGCCUAGAGAAGAACAGGAUACUUUGUGGAAAGUGUUAAGUGUGGCACUGUGGAAAAUUCAUGGGAAGGUCAGUGUGCUGGCUUACACUGAGCUGAAACUCAUGAAGAACGUGGAGGCUGGAGAUUUAAGCUUUACUUGUGAUCUUGUUUGACAAAAAUCAAGUCAGUCCCCUUAAAGAUGAUAUUCAGAAGAAUUAAAUAUAAAGAAAUUAGAGGUUUUGCUAAUGAAAUUAAUAGGACCAAACAAUUUGGACAUUGUCAUUCUAUAGGAUAGAAUUUCUUAAAAGGGUUUCUCUGAAUUAUAAACUCAUUGGUUCAUAACAGUAAAGCAAUGUGGAGUGUUAUUUAUUGAACAAUUUAGUCACUUAAAGGUUUCGUGUGUAUCGUAUAUGGAUUACCAAUUUAAAAGUAUAGUUCUGUGUAAACAAACUUCAUUGAAGUUAUACCGAACAAAAUUUCAUCUGUUUUUUUGUCAUUUAGAAGGUACUUGAAGAUGUUGCAGUAUUUCAGAGUUAUCAAUUAUUAUUGAAUAUUACUUUGAACUUACUGAGUGUUUAAAUGUUUUGAUGGUUUCAAUACUGUGUAAAUAGAAUAGUGAAUCACUGUUUAUAUUGAAAUGUUUUUCUAGUUACUUCACUGAACAGUUUGUUGAUAGCCCCAUUAGUGUGAAGUCAUAGGUUGUUAUUGUAUAUCAGUAAUCUCUUGAACUUUGUUAAAUAUUUUACCGUGGUAAUAUAAAGAAUUAGAGCAAGAAAAUCUGAAUUAUUGUCUUAUUUUUUAAAAAUAUAGUCCCCAGUGUUUUUAGAUGUCACUUUGUCUUAUUUUUCCACCUGGUAAUUAGGAAUAAUUUAGAAUGCCAGGCAGUAUAGUUCCUUUUGCAAAGGAUUCUGAAGGAAAAAAAAAAUAAAAGGAGAGAACCUGACGGCCAGAAUAUUAUGGAAAGAGUGUCAAAUUCCAGUAUUUGAGUUGGAAAGAGGAGACUGAAGAUCCAAGUUGCAUUAUUAAUCUGCCCUUAUGUUUCAUCAUUAACAAUGAGUUUGUGAAUAAAGAGAACAAAAGAAGGAAAAAAAACCCCUGCUGUUAUUAUUAGUUUCUCAUUAAGACGAAAGCCCUAAUGUGUAGUCUAAAGUCAAAUCUGAUUUAAAUUUCCUGCUUUCUUAGAAGUACAUUUCUCCAUAGAAGCGGUGAUGUGUGUUUUGUUGGACCUGCUGAAAUGAGGUCAAAGAGGGAGCACUCCUUACCCCCUUCUCCCUGGGAUUAUGCGAUUUCCUCUUAGAGUUGAUACAGGCAAGUGAUUCCCUUUUUCUGAAUUAUGUGAUGGCAAAAGAUCAAAUCCCUUGUCAGGAACUGCAAACUUGAAAGUGUGUAGUUAGCUCUUGUAAUACUCAGAUAUUUAUAAUUCUCCUAUAUGAAAAACCUAACUUCAAUUAAAACUGUAAUGCAUGAUUCUCUAACAAGACAUUUAUGUUUUCCUGGGCUCAGACCUGACCCAGUUAUUAAUACAAUAAAAUCAAUUAAACGAAAUAUUCUGUGGAACCAAUCUAUGCCCUUGCUAAUCCCCAUCCAUAUAGGAGUCACUUUCCUUAAGACAGAUGGUAGUGGUUAUCUUUGUGCUAUGAUUAGAUUUGAUUGGGUUUGUGGGAGAUUAUAGUCAUGUGCCACAUAAUGACAUUUUGGUCAGUGAUGGAUGACGCAUAUGACAGUGGUCCCGCAAAAUUAUAAUGGAGCUGAAAAAUUCCUAUUGCCUAGUGGUGUCCUAGCUCUCGUAGUGUCCUAGCACAGUGCAUUACUCACAUGUGGUGACGCUGUUGUAAACAAACCUGUGCUGCCAGUCACAUGAAGGUACAGCACAUUCAGUUAUGUACAGUGGAUUGUACUUGAUAAUAAAUGACUGUGUUACUGGUUUA